AUGUCAAAUGAUUAUGACUUACUUUUCAAAGUGUUAAUUGUUGGUGAAUCUGGCGUUGGAAAAAGUUGCCUUUUACUCAGAUUUACGGAAGAUUUGUUUAUCGAGAAUUAUAUUUCUACAAUCGGCGUAGAUUUUAAGAUUCGUACUAUUGAACAAGAGGGAGCAAAAGUAAAAUUACAAAUUUGGGAUACAGCAGGCCAAGAACGGUUUAGAGCGAUCACAAAAAGUUAUUAUCAUGGUAGUAAUGGUAUUGUAGUUGUUUAUGAUAUAACAGACAGAAAAACAUUUGAAAAGAUAAGUGACUGGUUUGAACAAAUUAAUACUUCAGAGCCAAAUGAAGAUUCAUGUAAAAUUUUAAUUGGCAAUAAAUGCGAUUUAAAUGAAUCACGUCAAGUCUCCCUUGAAGAAGGAGAACAGCUCGCCCGUGAUUACAAUGUACCGUUCAUGGAAACUAGCGCAAAAGAUUCCAUAAACGUUGAUAACUUGUUUGAUUUGAUGGCAAGAGCCAUGCGCGAGAAAAGCGGUAAAUUUACUACCGGAUCUUCAAAUGGGAACGUCUCUCUUAAAAAGGGGCAAUCCAUUGGUAAGAAAGGCUGCUGUUAA